CGUGAGCCGCGGUCCCCGAUCCGCGAUUCGCGCGCUCUUGCCCUGUGUGCUUCAUUCCGCCGAUACCUGCACCACUGCCGCCGUCGCCCGCAAUGGCGCCGAACCAGUCGAAGCCGGUCGGCUUGGGCACCAGCGCCGCCGUGCGCGCCCGUACAAUCCGCGCCAUCAUCUCGCAGCUGACGGCCAUGUACCUACGCAACCGCGCCGGCAUCACCCGCGCCAUCACCAUCACCAUGGUCGUGGGCCUUGCGAACCAAAUACGGCGCUUCAUCGCCCGCCAGAGAGCAGCCUCGGCCCGCGCGGACGCCGCGCGCGCCAAACGGCCCGGCACCACGUCGGCAGCCCGGGGAGGCGAAAGCGACGGGAUUAAGGAAGAGAGGAUCGGCUUGAACCGCGAGUUCAUUCGCUCCUUGAUGAAGCUACUGCGCAUCAUCAUGCCCGGGUGGCGCACCAAGGAGGUGUGGCUGCUCAUCUGCCACACUUUCUUCCUGAUCGCCCGGACCAUGAUCAGUCUCCAGGUGGCUGCCCUCGACGGCGCCAUCGUGAAGGCCAUGGUCAAGGGGAACGGCCGCGAGUUCCUGAUGCGCCUCGUACAUUGGAUGUUGCUUUCCAUCCCGGCGACUUACACCAAUUCGCGACUGGUGUGGCACCAGUCGGCUCUAGCAAUGAGAUACCGGACUCGCCUGACUGAGCAUAUCCACGACCGAUACCUGUCGAACUUGACCUUCUACACCAUCUCCGCCCUGGACGACAGGAUUCGCAACCCGGAGCAGCUGAUCGCCACGGACGUAGCUAAAUUCUCAGACAAUCUGGCGGACUUGUACAGCAAUCUGGCGAAGCCUAUCUUCGAUCUCACGAUCUACACAUGGUCCCUCACAAGGAGUGUCGGUGGAGAUGGCGUCUUGUUCAUGGCCUUCCUCGUCCAAGUCUCCGCGGCCGUUCUGCAAGCGCUCACUCCCCCGUUCGGCAAGUUCGUGGCCGCCGAGCAGAGGCUGGAAGGCGAAUUCCGCGCCCAGCACUCCAGGUUGAUAGACCACUGCGAAGAGGUCGCACUGUACGCCGGCCACGAGGCCGAGAAAGACACGCUCGACAAGGGCUACUUCACCCUGAUCAAGCAUGUCAACUAUCUGCUGCGGAGGCGUUUCUAUUACGGAAUCGUGGAGGAUUUCAUCUUCAAGUACUUCUGGGGUGCCCUGGGCCUGCUGCUCUGUAGCAUCCCGUCUUUCUUCACGCUGCCGGGCCGGGCAGCCCUGAGCAUGAGCGACCGAACAGAAAGCUUCGUCACCAACCGGCGCAUCCUGCAAUCCGGAUCCGACGCCAUCACCCGCAUCAUGUCCUCGUAUAAGCAAGUUGUCGAACUCGCCGGCUUCACGUCCCGUGUCUCCUCCCUGCUCGACGUCCUCGAGGAAGUGAAUGCCGGCUACUUUAAAAAGAAGCAUAUCUCGGGCUCUGGGACAGGAGACCACACCGCCGUUCUCGGCCGCCGCGGCGUGGCAAUCGAAAGCGAAGACAUUCAGUUCAUCGACGUGCCCAUCAUCUCCCCCAACGGCGACGUACUCGUGCCUGCGCUCUCCUUCUCGCUGAAACAGGGCGAACACCUCCUCGUCGUUGGUCCCAACGGCUGCGGCAAAUCCUCCAUGUUUCGCAUCCUCGGCGGCCUCUGGCCGGUCUACGGCGGCACCGUCCGCAAGCCGCCGGCCCGCGACAUCUUCUACAUCCCGCAGCGCCCCUACCUAUCCAAAGGGAACUUUCGCCAGCAGAUCAUCUACCCGGACUCGCAGCAGGCCAUGCAGCAAAAGCACGUCACCGACGCCGACCUCCUUUCCAUCCUGCGCAUCCUCGAGCUUGACGACCUGGUCGACUCAUACGCUGACCGCUUCGACGAGGUGAGGGAGUGGCGCGACGCGCUGUCGGCAGGCGUGCAGCAGCGCAUCGCAAUGGCGCGGCUGUUCUAUCACCGCCCGCGCUACGCCAUCCUCGACGAGUGCACGAGCAGCGUGCCGCUCGACAUGGAGAAGGUCAUGUACGACCGCGCCAAGGCCCUCGGCAUCACCCUCAUGACCGUCAGCCACCGCCGCAGCUUGUGGAAGUACCACACGCACAUCCUGCAGUUUGACGGGCAGGGGAAGUACGUCUUUACCCGCCUGGACGCGGACAGGCGGCUCAAGCUGGAGGAGGAGAAGGAGGAGCUCGAGGCGAUGCUGAGGAGCGUCCCCGAGAUUGAGCGGCGCAUGCAAGAGCUGAGCUUUGAGUAGGCCCCAGGCUCCAGGCGCAAGGUGUUCGCACUCCCUGAGGAGUCUUCAGACGAGUAGGAUGGGCGGCGGUUUGAAUAGCAGCUAUCGAGAAUCCGCGCGAGGAGGCUGGGGCGGGGAUGAAUGGCUGUGUGGUUUUCUUGGUUAUGGCGGUGCAGGCGUUGCCAUAUCCAUCAGGUUGGCAGCCCUGCUCUUUUUCCUUCUUCCUGAGUACAUACGAGUAUGGUUAAAUCCGUUGGUAACCGCGAGAGGGCCCCUUAAGCAGUGGAAUCGCGGAAUGGGUGGCGGCAUUUUGUGUAUCACCGGGAACAGUUGGCAUCUUGUCGCUAGACAGGUUCAUCACCAGGGGCAUGGGGAGGGUAAAGAUCAUAAACCAGUGG